AUGAUCGUCUCCUCAAGUCUCUCGAGCGGUUCAUUUACCUGGGUGAAACCAAACUGGAAGGAUUAUAAAGUGGAACAUCCGAAACUUGUUCGCCAUGUUAAACGUCUGCAGGAACUUGGCUUGAAGGAUCCGUGGGUCCGAAACUACGCUUGGCUAUAUUCACCUCGCAUCUAUAAGACUCCAUGGCAGCUGUGCAAGAGUUGUUUUUUCAAUCGUUUGCCGCAUGGCCUUGCUAUAGCUAUUGUAUAUACUUUUUGCCAGUCGGCGUUCAUCAAAUGGUAUAACGAGAAUGGCUACGGUGAAGCACAUGCCCAUUAG